GCCAUAAAGCAAUCAAGAUCUCAGAGCCAGCAUGGAUCCCGACAGUGAUCAACCCCUGAACCGCCUUGAUGCCACCCCCCCGCGCAAACCCCGAACUCCCAGGGACACCUUCAAAAAAGUGGGGAUCCCCAUCAUCGCAGCAUUGCUGAGCCUGGCAACCAUUGUCAUCGUGGCUGUCCUCAUCAAGGUGAUCCUGGGCAAAUACUACUUCCUCUGCGGGCAGCCCCUCCACUUCAUCCCCAGGAGGCAGGUGUGCGACGGCCAGGAGGACUGUGCCUCGGGGGAGGACGAGCAUCUCUGCGUCAAGAACUUCCCCAGUGGACCUCCAGUGCCAGUCCGCCUCUCCAGAGACCGGUCCACCCUCCAGGUGCUGAACCCGGCCACAGGGAGCUGGGCCUCUGCCUGUUCUGACGGCUUCACAGACGCUCUGGCCCAGACAGCCUGCGGGCAGAUGGGCUUUAACAGCAAGCCCACCUUCCAAGCUGUGAAGAUUGGUCCAGAACAAGAUCUAGAUGUUGUUGAAAUCUCAGCAAAUGGCCAGGAGCUUCAGGUGCAAAACUCAAGUGGACCCUGCCUCUCGGGCUCCCUGGUCUCCCUGCACUGCCUGGCCUGUGGGGAGAGCCUGAAGGCCCCUCGGGUGGUAGGCGGGGAGAAGGCCUCUGUGGAUUCUUGGCCUUGGCAGGUCAGCAUCCAGUACAGCCAGCAGCACAUCUGUGGAGGGAGCAUCCUGGACGCCCACUGGAUCCUCACGGCGGCCCACUGCUUCAGGAAGCAUCUCGAUGUGUCCAACUGGAAGGUGAGGGCUGGCUCAGACAAACUGAGCAACUUCCCGUCCCUGCCUGUGGCCAAGAUCUUCGUCACUGAGCACAACGCCACGUACCCCAAAGAGAAGGACAUUGCUCUCGUGAAGCUGCAGCACCCACUCACGUUCUCAGGCACGGUCAGGCCCAUCUGCCUGCCCUUCCCUGACGAGGAGCUCACUCCAGCCACCCCACUGUGGGUCAUCGGAUGGGGCUUUACAGAGCCGGGUGGAGGGAAGAUGUCCGACGUGCUGCUGCAGGCGUCGGUCCAGCUCAUCGACAGGGCUCGGUGCAACGCGGAGGACGCGUACCAGGGGGAGGUCACCGAGGAGAUGCUGUGCGCAGGCAGCCUGGAGGGCGGCGUGGACACCUGCCAGGGUGACAGCGGUGGACCCCUGAUGUAUCACUCUCACCUGUGGCAAGUUGUGGGCAUCGUGAGCUGGGGCCAUGGUUGUGGGGGCCCAAGUACCCCGGGAGUAUACACCAAAGUCACCGAUUAUCUCAACUGGAUCUUCAGUGUCCGGAAGUCUGAGCCGUGAUGCUGCUGCCACCCUGGCCUGCUCCCUGGGGAUCCCCAGAAGCCAGAUACAGAGCAAGAGCCCCCUUGGC